AUGAGCGGCAUAUCACACGGUGCUACAGAAGAAUUUCUACAAACCUUUCUUCUAUACAAGUACCUAGAGAGAUCUGACGAUCCCGCGUUGACGGAUCCAAGCUUCUACGGCCUUCCACCUUUGAAUGAGAGUGACUUGGCGCUAUGGCCAUCAUGCUUGGUUGAACAGACCCAGGGCUGUAAUGCAGUCUCCUGGGAUGUGGCGAAUGCACCAAGGCCUCCAGUUUACCUUCCCUGGACAAGUCCCGAGUACGCAAAUGGCGGUUAUAUUUUCCUUGGCCUUGCGAUUUCAAAUCUCACAGGAAAGACCAUGACUGACUGGUAUAAUGAUUCCAUCUUCGAACCUCUGGGGUUGACGUUCACUUACUCGUCGCCACCUGAUAACUCCACGCGCCCCCAUUCCGUUACAUCGGAGGCUCUUGAUGAGCAGUUCGUUCCCAAUGGAGGCGUUACCACCCCAUCUGGUGGGUUAUUCUCUACAACCAACGAUCUGUCUAAGCUUGGUGUCGUCCUCCUGAAUUCCACUCUCCUCCCAUCUGAAACAACGCGGGAAUGGAUGAAACCCGUCACUCACACCUCAAGUCUACGCUACUCCGUUGGCUCACCAUGGGAGAUUCAUCGAUUCGUCCACGCAGAAUCAGGUGUGGUCACCGACUUAUACACCAAACUUGGAGACUCGGGAUUUUAUGGUGGCAUCGUGGUCCUAAUACCAGACUUCAACGCCGGCUUUACUCUCCUCUCGGCCAGCACGCAAGCCAGCCGUAACAGUGAGGCGCUGCUAGCAAUCGACCUUAUUGUCAAUGCCAUUCUUCCAGCCUUGAUGGAGCAAGCUGCAGCAGAGGCGAUGCAAAAGUUCGCCGGCACGUACAAAGCCGAAGACCUGAAUUCGUCUUUGACACUCACCGUCGUCCCACCUACCUAUCCCGCGCCUGGCUUAAACAUCACUUCAUGGAUUAGCAAUGGCACUGAUAUCACGGAUUUAGUCUCUGCACUACUUGGUGGGGUCGGGUCACGACUUGUGCCGUCUAUCACCAAUGAGAAGGCCAGUGGGGAAGUCGCUUUCCGAGCAUACACUGCAACGCAGGGCCUGGGUCCUGGAGUGGGAUCUUCGUCAAGUCUUUUCUCUUCUUUCGAUGAUCUCAACGACUGGACUAUGCUAGACCAGUUGACUUGGGGCGGUAUUGCUAUCUCGCUCUUCGUUUUCGAUGUCGAGGAAAGCGGCACUGUCAAGUCAGUAACACCAGGUGCCUAUAGAGUCCAAAUGGUCAAGAAUUGA